AUGAUGUUAUAUAAGCUCGUUGUACUUGGGGAUGGUGGUGUUGGCAAAACUGCCCUCACAAUUCAGACAUACGAUCCAACAAUCGAAGAUUCAUAUAGAAAACAAGUAGUCAUUGAUGAUCAACCUUGCGUUCUAGAAGUACUGGAUACUGCUGGGCAAGGUUCGUAUUUAUUUGUUAACUUAGUCAAUUAUUUGUCUUAUGAUAUUCAUAGGAAAAUAUCAAAUCCUCAACUUAUUUUUAAUGAGGAGUACACUGCUCUGCGGGAUCAAUGGAUCAGAGACGGAGAAGGUUUCCUUUUGGUCUAUUCUAUAUCAUCACGUUCAACGUUUGAGCGAGUAGAACGAUUUCGAGAUCAGAUCACUCGAGUGAAGGACACUGAACAGGUUCCACUUAUGCUUGUCGGUAAUAAAUGUGAUAAAAUCACCGAGCGAGAAGUAUCGAGAGAAGAAGGGAUGAAUAUGGCAAGAAAACUCAAAUGCGAAUUUAUUGAAAGUUCGGCAAAGACGUGUGAUGAUACGAUUAAAUAG